GCUUCGCCAUGUGGAAGUAUCUCCUCGGUUUCCUCGCCCUAUUCGCUGCCGUUUCCAGUUGUCUGGGCGCCGUCGCCUCGGAUUCCCUGCUGGAGGAUAACAGCUUGGAUUCGGAGCUGGAGCGUUUAAGGCGGCAGCAGCAAAUUGUCCAGGAAGUGAUUGUGGAGAAUAAUUUCGGUGGUCCUGGAUUCGGAGGUCCCGGCUUUGGGGGUCCCGGUUUCGGGGGUCCCGGCUUCGGGGGUCCUGGCUUCGGACGUCCUGGAUUUGGAGGUCCCGGUUUCGGGGGUCCUGGCUUUGGUGGUUUCCGGCGAGAUAAAUUCGGUUUUGCCCGCAGCUAUGACCAGGAGGAAGAGCCAGCGGCGCCAUAUGGAAAAUCCAGCGGUAUUUCUUCGCCACCAUGUCCACGAAACUAUGUGUUCUCCUGCGGAGCUGUCAUCACUCCGGUGCCCUGCGGUUCCAGCCGUUGCGGUGGUUAUUAGGAAACACAAUUUCUAAAAUAAAAAUAACCAUCAAA